AUGCUGAAACCGCUGGCUGGCCGUUUGGCACGGCGGCCAUGGAGAUUUCUCUUCCCCGGCCUCCUUCUUUUCUUUUUUGCAUACACACUCUCGCAUCGGAGAGGGUCACAUCCCCAGGCGCCCGUACACAAAGCGAAGACAAAGUCGUAUUUCCCGCCCCUCGAAACCAAAGCCGCCAAUUCAAUCGAGCUCGACUACUGCCAGAAUUUCCCUACCAAGCUACUGGAAGAGGUGCAGGUUGUCCUCAAGGUCGCAUCGGAUGGGGCACACGAGACGAAAGCACACCUCAGCACGGUAUCGAGCUGCAUCACGAAUCUGAUCAUCGUGGGCGACCGGGAAGAGCGAUUGGGAGACCGCCAUGUCAUCGACAUCCUCGCAGAGCUUCCCAAGAGCUACCAGAAAGACAAUGUCGAUUUCCAAAUCUACGUCGAGCACAAGAAGGCACACGAGGGCGGCGAGACGGUCAAGGAGCAGCAGCGGUCCUUCAAGCUCGAUCGCUUCAAGUACUUGCCCAUGGUAGACAAGGCAUAUAUGACCAACCCCGCAGCAAAAUGGUUUGUCUUCAUUGAAUCGGACGUCUACUUCUUCUGGGACACGCUGUUCCGCCUGCUCAGCCAGCUCGACGCCUCGGAGCCACAUUACCUUGGCGAGCCGCACAAGGGAUCGGAAGGCCGCCAUUUCGCCUAUGGCGGCGCAGGAAUCGUCCUCUCCCAGGGGCUCGUCAAGCAACUCAUCCCAGGCAAGACUAUUGGCUCCACAGAGAUCCCCCGCGAAAACCGACUAGGCGUCCGGUACGAGAACUGGGUCAAGGAAGAGCAGCGUGGCGACGCUGUCCUUGCCUAUGCCAUCCAGAACGCGACCGGCCACAAGCUCGAGCCCAUGUAUCCUACCUUUGCCAGCGACAAGCUUAAAGAUGUGACCACCACACGCGACAAGUGGUGCGUACCAAUGCUCUCGCUGCACCAGCUCAAGCCACAGCAGAUGGAAGACUUGUGGAGGUGGGAAAGGACACGGCCGUACAACACGAAACCGUUUACCUACUCAUCGUUCCUCUCCUACACCCACGGCUUCCUGUCGCAGGGUCCCUCGAAAGAGUGGUGGGAUAACCUUUCGCAAGCGCCCGUACCGAACGAUCGUCCCGCACAUCGCAACGCCGGCUCGUGCGGUUCAGAGUGCGCUAAUGACGGCAACUGCCUUCAAUGGUCUUACUCGCAGACCGUCUGUCGUCACGCCGACUACAUCAAGCUUGGCGAUGCUGUAGACCGGGAAAACGGCGGUCAAGGCGAGUUCGUCAGUGGCUGGGACACGGGAAAGCUCCGUGACAUGGGCUUUGGUGUCGAGGGACAAAACGGCCAGAGAGAGUUUUACGAAGGUUGUGUCGAAGCCACCUGGCUGACCCCACAAGAGAUGUAG